AUGUCGAUCCAGUUCAUUCUAGUGCUCAACAGACAGGGCAAGUCGCGAUUGGUGAAAUGGUUCAACAACGACGCCAGCAUGACCCCGCAGCAAAAACAGCAACAUAUAACCGAGAUUCACCGACUUAUCCUGCUGCGGGACUCAUCUAAACACACCGCGAAUUUCGUCUUGUAUCAAAGCAAGAUGAAACUAUGUUAUAGAAGAUACGCAGGCUUGUACUUUAUAAUCUCCACCGAUGUUGAAGACUCGGAACUAUCGUAUUUGGAAAGCUUGCAUUUGUUUGUUGAAGUGUUGGAUGUUUAUUUCAACAGUGUUUGUGAAGUUGAUUUAGUUUUCAAUUUCUACAAGCUAUAUUAUAUUUUAGAUGAGAUAUAUCUCGGCGGUGAGAUACAGGAAAUAUCAAAGGACAAACUACUAGAAAGACUACUGUAUCUAGAUUCGUUAGAUUGA